AUGGCAGACAACGUGGAAAAGACCCUCCCCACCUCCAACGAAAAUAGCGAGAUAUCUUCUCGGAUCCUAGAAGUCAUCUUCGAAUUCGCGCUCAACAAGGUCGAUGACAACGUAGAGCGACUCACGGCGGGGGCGUCCAAGUUCCUCCCCACUAUCGAUCGAUUUGUCAACGAAGGCAAAAGAGUUGAACUGUGCCUUCCGGCCUUUCCAUUCAAAUCAGCGAACAAAGUGUACAAGGUGUUUGGCGUCCUACCAGAUAAGGGCGAGGAGCUGGCCCUGGAGCGGCUCAACAGAAUGUGUGAGCGCAUACGAGGAGUGUAUAAGCCAGGCGCAAAGCUCACCAUUCUCUCCGAUGGUGUUGUUUAUAAUGAUCUAUUGAGCGUGCCUGAUCGUCAUGUCUGGCAAUUCGGGGAGGCUCUACGCGCCAUGGCUACGAAGAAGAAAUUCAAGCACCUUGGGUUCGUUCGAAUCAAGGACGUGGUCAAAAUCGACGGUCUCCCGGAGCCGCUCAAAGAAAUCAGCUACGUUGCCAACGCGACAAACUUCCGCUGCGCCCUCCUCAACACAUACGGCAAGGAAGGCAUCGACAUUGACGAGGAGAUCGCCAACAACCCCGACACACGUUUGACUUUCCAAGGAUACCAAAAGUUCCUCGAAUCCGACUUGGAACACAUCUACCCAACUGGGGAGGAUCGGUCCAGCGAGCAGUACAAGGAAGAUGUUAGUUUUCUCGCCAAGCAGAUGCUGACUCGAGGAUAUGCAUUUGCCCGAGCGAUCGAAGCUGGGUUCCCAAAUCAUCUCAGACUCUCCAUUCAUAAGUCCACGGGCGAGCAAAAGAUCACCAUGUCUUUGCUGGAUACAAAGACUGGUUAUACAACCCCUUGGCACUGCAGCGUUGCUCUGAUGGCAGACGGCCAGUGGUUGAGCGCGCCCAUGGGAGAAUUCAAGAAAAACCCCAACAUGGAAAUAGUUAAAGAGGAGGGCCGCCCCAUGUAUUUCAAAGAGAAGAAGGUUUAA